AUGAUUGAAAGGGUUCUGGAUGGUUGGAGUCUGCUUUACGAAGGAGGUGAGGCAAGCGCGGAUAUCCUAACUUCAGAUCGAUCGUGUGGGAAGAGACCCAUGUCGCUUGCUUGUGCUCGUACUCUUCCUCGUGGAGAUGUAAAACAAUGA